AUGACGCAGAAAAACCACAUCAGGACAGGGAGAAAGCACACUGCCUUCCUCCCCAACCCCUCCCUUUGCCUAGAGCAGGUAGCAGAGAAGCAUCAGGGCAGGAACACGAAAGUGCUGCCUGUAUAUUGUCGGAUGAGGAGGAACGUGCCGAUGAAAUUCAAUCAUCUUCUAGCCUUUGUCCCAUUGACGCUGGUGGGGAUGUGGGUGGUCACUUGUGAUGACGGACAAAGUGAAAGCCCUAAAGAAUGGGCUGUGAGGCUCAGCGGUACCGGCUCCAAGUGUUCUGGGUUGUUGGAGAUUUAUCUCACAGGCAAAUGGAAGAGCAUUUGUAGCACAGGUUGGACACAGCAGAAUGCAGACCUUGCCUGUAAACAGCUUGGCUGCGGUUUUCCCUUUGGACUGCUGCGGCCGUUUGCCGAAGAACCACAGAAACAAGAGGCACUCGUGUUGGGCUGCCAGGGAAAUGAGACAGCCCUGGAGGACUGCGCCCAGAAAGACUCCAACUGCACUUCCCAUUUGGCCUUGGUUUGUCAAGAUCCCAUGGAAACCUCAACAGUAUCACAGCCAACAACAGCACCUUUCGUGACCUCCUUAAAACCCACUGAUACUCCAAAGAUAAGGCUAGAAAAUGGGACCUCUUUAUGCUCUGGGACUACGGAGCUGAAGUUUGGAGGUCGCUGGGAAAUGGUUUGCCUGGCUUUGCAAAGCUGGUGGAAUGGGCUAGCCCCCAGGGAUUGCCAAGGAGCGAAGUGUGAAGCUUCAGUAGGACUUAAGGACCUGGCGUGGAGGAAUCCGUUGCCUGCCCACUGGUCGACGGUGCAGUGUGAGCAAAGGAACCUUAGCUUGGGCUGUCUCGACAAGACACAAGGGUGCUUGAUAACCUUGGUUAAAUGCUCAGUUUCCAAGCCCAGGGUGUCCAAUACUGAGACCGUCUUGGGAAUCCUGCUGGGUCUUGUCCUCACAGCUGCCCUCCUCUUUUUCUGUGUUCCCCCAGCCUACAAAAAGCUGGUGAAGAAAUAUUCAAAAAACAGAGAGCAUCAGUGGAUUGGCCCAAAUGGAAUGAAUCAAAAUGUUUCAUUCCAUCGCAGCAGUUCUGUCACAUUCCAGCCACGUCCUGAAAGCCAAGAGGUUCAGGAAGAGAAUAAGUAUGCAGCCCUGAAGAAAAACUUUCAUCUCUCACCCUAUGCAGCUCUGGAAGGGGCAAGCAACAGAUCUUCCAACCCCCCAGACAACUCUUCUGACAGUGACUACGACUUAUGUUCUGCACAACGGCUGUAAAAUCAGAAAGAUACAGGCAGAAUCCAAUACAAGGAAAAGCUGAGAUCAGCAGAACUGAAAAAAGCUUUCCACCCACACCAAUAAGUAUGAAAUACCUUCAGCAUCCUCCCUGCAACUGUAUAGACCUUCUCUACCUUCACAGAGAUGUAAUAACAAAGCCAGUGCAUUUCCUUUUCAAUGCACUGAGAGGAAUUAGGAUCUCUACCUCAAAUCAUCCAGAGCACUAUUGUUCUAUAUUCAAACCUCAUAGUGGAAUUAUGUUAGGUUCUCUCUGUUUGAGGACCUAUAAAAAUGACCUUUGGACUUCAGCUGUAGUGGUCUUUGCCAACCUUAUACUGUACCCUGCAGUUGUUUAGGACGAUUCCCAUCAGCCCCAGCCUGUGCUAGAGGACACAAGGUUGGUGAAUGUUGCUAGAUUGUAUCUAGAUCUCUCAAUGGCGAUCAUUGCAGAAAUUAGGACUGCCUCAAAAAAUUCUAGGGUCCCUGGCAAGCAUUAGCUGGGCAAGAUUUCUGACAAUAUUGUGCAAUUGGCUGGGUAACCAUUCUGAGUUAUGACAGGAAAGUAUGAAUUUAAAAAAAACAACAGGGAAAGCUGUUGUUAUUGAACAAACCAGGACUGCUUUUUAAAGAAUAUUUCCAAGCACAACAGUUUACCCUAGUGGCUAAUGUCUUAUUGACUAAACUAGAUUAUAUGUUUAUAGAUUUGUCAUAAUUGAGCAAGUAUAGCUGUGGGUUUUUAAUGUCAACUCUUUGUUUUGCACUUGAGUGCAUCUGUAAUUUAAUUUGUAAAUUGUGUAUAUUCAUGUUUAAUAUCUGGAAGUAUAAUAAAAGCAGGUGGGGACAUCCCAGACAUGCAAACUGGCAGGAGCUUAGUGUAUUUUGUAUUUGAGACUGGACGCAAUGACGGUUAAGUGGUGGGCCACAGUUCAGAGACUAAAAGCUGGCUGGCAUAUUGUACAAAGUUGGCUCUCGUCCCGGUCAAUGCAAUACCCAUUGAUACAAGCUUCCAUACAUUUCAAAGGCAUUUUAGAUAUUUAAAUGAUGCAGAAGCCAUUUCAAAGUUUUCAGUUGCAAAGUGAGAUAGCAGUUUGAAAGCUGCCAGUGAAAUUCUUUGUGAAGUGCACAGUUACCCCUUACGAUGAUCCUCACAGUAAAAACCUAUAAAUAAUUGUGGAACUUCAGUAUAAUUUAGGAAGUUGCCAUGCUCUGUGCCUAAAUAAUAAUAUUCCCCCUUUCUGAUCCAAAGAACUUUUUUUAUAAAGGUACUUCUGAAAUUUAAAAAAUGAUGUUAGUAUCUCAAAAGAUUACCAUACAUGUAACACACACAUGCUGUAGUGGUUAGUGUGUUGAAUUAGUAGAGACAUCUUUGUUCAUAUCUUCACUCAGCCUUGAAGCUCAUUAUGUUACCUCCAGCUGACCUACCUGACAGGGUUGUUGUAAGGACAAAGGCAGAGAACCAUACGAUUGUAAGUUCCAAGGUAGAAAGUUGAGACUAGAAAUGCAGUUAAAAAUGAAAAUGUGGUUUCCCUUUGGAAUGAAACUGACUAGACAAAAAACCUGUUCUGUCCUAGACAAUUUAACCACUCCAUUGAUUUGUAUAGGAUUACAAAAAAAAGUUUUAUUUAGAAAGCAGAAAAAUUGAACAAAUAGGCUUACUCUGGCUUUUAGACUCUUUAAGAACCACCUUAGAGCUCUGGUCGUUUCUACUUUCUAUAGUCAGUUUUCAGAGUACUGUCCAUAUUUAUCUACAAACAGAAUUUUUCACAUGCAGUCCUCCAGGACCUAAUUUUAGUGCACAUAGGACAGCUAUUUUCAGAAUGUAUUCUCUGCAAGUGCUGCCAAGAUCUCUUCCUACAUAAAAUGUAUUAAUAUGUGAUGCAAAACUAUGUGCAUGCAGCCAAAGAUAAGGCCCAUCACACU